AUGCAUAAUAAGGUUCUUUCUGUUGUUGGGCUUCUUCAAGAUGAAGUUGAUCCAAUGGUUUCUGUUAUGAAGAAAGAUAAAGAUCCUUUAGAAUCACAUGCUGACAGUGGUAGGUUUGAUGCCCACUCAGGUGGAGAGCGUGAAAUUCAAAGGACAGUGUUGGAUUUGCUAUACCAGUUAGAUGGUUUUGAUUCUAUAGGAGAUGUAAAAGUUAUUCUCGCAACAAACAGAAUUGAAAGCCUUGAUCCAUCUUUGCUGCGACCAGGUCAAAUAGACAGGAACAUUGAAUUUCCUCUCCCUGAUAUUAAAACAAGAAGGGUGCAAAUCUCAUUCCAAGUUCCAUCACUAUUUUCCAAAAAAAGAAAAGAAACUAAAUAUUACUACAUUCAAAUUGUAUCAAAUACAAAAAAAAACUGA